AUGGACGGGGGUACAAUCACCCACGUCUUGUAUCCUCGACAGUCGCAGGGAGCCAAUCGAAAUUCAGGCUCUAACUCGCUGUCCGGCAUCCUUUCCACUCUCGUCCCUACCUUGGUCAUUGCCAUCGUCGCCUUUACCGCCUUUCUCAUCGUCCGCACUCGCUAUAGCCGCGUCUAUCGACCAAGAACCGAUGACAGACUUUUGGAAAAGGGCUGGACGACCCCUCGCUCCGAGGCGGGCUUCUUUGGCCUCCUGCGUAACUUCUCCUCUCUGCCCGAUUCCUAUGUUCUGGGUCACAACUCUCUCGAUGGCUAUCUCUGGCUGCGCCUCCUCAAGGUCUUCAUUUUGAUGAGUUUGGUCGGCUGCUGCAUCACUUGGCCUGUACUGUUUCCGGUCAAUGCUACCGGACAUGGUGGCCAACAGCAACUCGACAUUCUGAGUAUGAGUAACGUGGUCAAUCCCAAUCGCUACUAUGCCCAUGCCGGCGUUGCGUGCAUAUAUCUAGGAUUCAUCACCCUCCUGAUCGCUCGGGAGAGGCUCAAUUUUGUUGGUCUGCGCCGAGCCUACUUUCUCUCUGCGGCCCAUGCCCAACGCCUUUCCUCCAGGACCAUCUUGGUCAUGGGUCUGCCCCACGAAUACAUGGAGGAGAAGGCUCUGCGCCAGAUGUUCGGGCAUAGUGUACGCAGAAUCUGGCUUCAGACGGACUGCAAGAAGCUCGAGGACGACGUGAAGGAGCGGCGGAAGACAGCCUUGAAAUUGGAGGGCGCGGAGAUGAAGCUGAUCAAACAAGCCAAUGCCACGCGCCUGAAAAGUGAAAAGAAGAACAAGACCCCAGAAUCUCCCGAAACCACCGGCUUGGAACCCAAACGCUGGAUCAACCAAAAGAAGCGCCCGUCACACAGACUGAAGCCUCAGCUCUGGAAGAAGGUGGAUACCAUCAACUGGUCGCGUGGGAAGCUCGAGGAACUGAAUCGCUACAUCCCAGAGCAGCAGAACGAGCACCUCGAUCUCAAACACAACAAAGUUCCUGCCGCAUUCAUCGAGUUUGAAAAUCAGACUGCUGCUCAUAAUGCUUACCAGUCAGUCGCACGGGAAUCCCGAACCAAAUUCUCACCACGAUACAUUGGCGUCCAGCCCAACGAAGUGGUCUGGAAGAACUUGGGUGUCAGCUACACCUCCCGAAAGUCCAAGAUGUUGAUUGCAACCAUUAUCAUUUGGGUCAUGGUCAUCUUCUGGGCCAUUCCCGUGGCUUUCGUGGGCGCUCUGUCCAACAUCAACUAUCUUACGAACAAGGUGCACUUCCUCAGUUUCAUCAACCAUAUCCCAAAGGUCAUUUUGGGCCUUGUCACGGGUUUGUUGCCUGUAGUGCUUCUGGCAGUCUUGAUGGCUCUUGUCCCCAUCUUCUGUGGGCUGCUGGCAAAGUUUGCCGGUGAGCCUACGUUGUCGGCGGUUGAGCUCAAAGUCCAGUCUUGGUACUUUGUCUUCCAGGUGGUCCAAGUGUUCUUGAUCACUACGUUCACUUCCAGUGCUAGUUCCGUGACUACGCAGAUCGUCGAGAAUCCUGGUUCUGCGCCAAGUUUGCUCGCGACAAAUCUACCCAAGGCAUCCAACUUCUAUAUCAGCUACUUCAUUCUCACCGGCCUGUCGCAGGCUGCUCUGCAACUGUUGAACAUUGUGCCCCUGCUGAUGUACUCCAUUGUGGGCAAGUUGUUGGACAAGACGCCGCGAAAGCGAUACAAUCGAUUCACCAACAUUGCUGGAAUGGGCUGGGGCUCGACAUAUCCCAAGUUUACCCUUCUGGGCGUGAUCGCCAUAUCAUAUGCGUGCAUCGCACCUCUGAUCCUGGGAUUCGCCACCAUUGGAUUCUGCCUCCUCUAUCUGAUGUUCAGAUACAAUUGGCUCUUCGUCCUGGGCAACAAGGUCGACAUGAAGGGCGAGGCAUAUUCUCGAGGCUUGAAACAGCUCAUGACCGGAGUGUACCUCGCAGCUUUUUGUCUGAUUGGUCUUUUCGCAAUUGGCUGCAGCAAGAGUGCCACUAGCGCGGGUCCGUUGGCCAUCAUGGUGGUGUUUUUGGUGGUUGUCAUCAUCUUCCAGGUCUUGUUCGAUCGCGCGAUCGCUCCAAUGGAACAACAUAUGCCACUGGAACUGCUGAACAGCAACAAGUAUAGCACGACGAUCAUGGAGCAGCUCAUCGAUGAGCAACAUCUCAAACACGAAAACAUGGAAGCUGGCUCGUCGGUUCGGGGAGAUUCCGUUCCAACGACUGUGGGAUUCAACAAAGAGGAAAGUGUUGGUGAUACCCCUGGGUCUCAUGCUCAAUCAAGAUCCCCACCGUUCAACUUUUUGAGUCGGCGCAUUGAGCCCAUGGCUCUCAAAUUCUACGAGUCAAACAAGAAGAUUAUUCCCGAAUCGACGGACUCGGAAUCGUGGAUUCCAGGAUAUACGUCGGAGGAAUAUGAACAAUCGUAUCUCAACCCUGCAAUCACGGAUCCGAGUCCCGUCAUCUGGCUGGCCAAGGACAAAUCCGGCGUGAGCGGAUUGAUGGUUGCCGAGAACAGGGAAGCGGGCAUCCAGAGCACUGACGACUACGCCGAGUUGGAUGAGAAGAACAAGCUCGUUUGGGGUGAGGAGAAGGUUAAGGAGAUGCCAUUGUGGCGGAGAUUGGUCAGAUAUUGA